CGGAUCCCCUACUACCGGAGUGGGAGAGGAUAGAGCCGAGACUGCAGAAGCGAUUGGCGCCUUCACCCAGCUUCCCCUAACCCCUUCCUGAAGGAUAGGUUAGAAACGCUCCUGGAUCCCAACUUGUUGAGGGCCAAGACACAAAAUGUCAUCCCAGUUUUUGUCACUAUCACCAGUGACUCCUACAGAGAAAGAAAAAGAUGAGACAAUCAAAAAGGACAGGCCAUAUAAGAUCUUUUUUAAAGAUCUCUUUCUUUACAAAGAAAAUGAAAUGGCAGCAAAGAAAAGGGAAAAGUUUCUGAACCGUAAUAUGAAAGUCUACCAAAAGUCUACUUUUUCAUCACGAAUGAAGAAUCGUUCACACCUGGGCCAAAUAGCAAUCUUCGCCGACGCAGGUGGUGCCUCAGUUGAACGACUGGGGCUAGAUCCCACUCUUAUUCUCAGAUUAACAGAAGGUGCAGACACAAAAAGGACCAUCCAUGAAUUUAUUAGUGACCAGAGAGACAGGUUUAUGCUCGAGUAUACUCUGUCAACCAAAAGAAACACCAUUCAAAGGUUUGAAAAACACACAGCAAUGAAGGAAAGGCAACUCAUGAAAGCAGAAAAAAAGCUCGAAGACGACGCAAUAGCCUUUGAGGAGUUCCUCCGAGAAAACGACCAGAGAUCUGUAGAUGCUCUCAAAAUUGCAGCUCAGGAAACUAUAAACAAACUGCAAAUGACGGCGGAACUCAAGAAGGCGAGUUUGGAGAUCCAGUCGGUGAAAAGUGAAAUAGCAAAAACAGAAUUCCUCCUUAGAGAGUACAUGAAAUAUGGGUUUUUUCUGCUGAAACUGUCUCCAAAACAAUGGCAGAUCCAGCAAGCAAUGAAAAGGGUGUCAAGGAGUAAAGAAAAUGUGAAUGCCAUGCUUCCAAGUAUAAUAACAAAAUUAAGUGCAAGGAGAAGAGAGACCAUUGACGAGUCCAGGAGGACAUCAUUUUCGGAAGAUUCUUCUCUGGGAAGAAGUAGCCAAGCAAGAUCACGCAGGAGGACCACUCCCAACCUAGAGGAUAAGAAACCAUCCUUAUCAAACCAAACUGAGAGUAUCAGUUCAGAAGACAGUUUGGAAUUCUUUUUAGAUGAUGAUAUGGACUACGAUCUGGAACCUGAACUUUAUUUCAAAGAACCUGAAGAGUUACUUCAAGUCCUCACAGAGCUGGAAGAGCAGAAUCUUACUUUGGUACAAUAUUCCCAAGAUGUAGACGAAAAUCUUGAAGAUGUAAAUAAAAGAGAAAAAGUUAUACAGGAUAAAAUAAAUACCAACAUAGAGUUUCUUUUGGAACACAAGGAAUUGCUCAAGGCCAACUGUGUAAGAGAAGAAGAAAAAGCAGCAGAGUUGGAAUUAAGGUCCAGGCUAUUUAGUUUUGGACAAUAUAACUCAGAUGCUCAGGAAAAACUGAUAGACUCUCUUAGUAAAAAAAUUAACCAAGUAUACAAAGUCUGCAUUGGAGAUGCUGAGGUUGGAAGUCUCAACCCGGUUCAAAAGCUGGUAAAAGUAGAGUCUCGCCUGGUAGAAUUGAGUGAUCUCAUUGACUCCAUUCCCAAAGAAAAUGUGGAGGCAAUUGAGAGGAUGAAACAGAAAGAACGACGGCAAAGGUUGCGUGAAGAGAAAAUGAGAGAGAAACAGAAACACCAGGAGGAAAGGCUAAAAGCUGCCCUGGAAAGAGCAGUAGCACAACCAAAGAAAAAGAAGGGAAGACAACUUAUCUACCGUUCAAAACCUCCAUCUGGUAACAAACAUGAACUACUUUUAGUCAAGGAUACAAGAACGAAAUCCCUGGAGGAAGAGUAUUUUUUCACUUGAACAGGAGAAGUAAGACAUUUAUUACCAGAA